AUGUCUCAGACUACCGUUGAUACGAAGGCAGACACCAAAGUCCGGACAGUGAAGUUGCAGAAUGGCGAUGUUUUCAGCUUCAACUCAAACAUUUCCACGGAGCUGGAGAAGAUUCCUGUAAUCGAUGCUUCACGCAUUUGGAGUGACAAACUAGAAGACAGAAAGGCUGUGGCGGAAGAGAUCCGGGAUGCAUCACGGAAUAUUGGGUUUUUCUACCUCGUCAAUCAUGGUAUCGACCAAGACUAUGCCACUGAGGUUAUCGGUCAAGCCAAGAGAUUCUUUGCUUUACCAGAGGAGAAGAAGAUGGAGGUAUUCACCGGGCUAGUACCAAACGACGAGGCGUUUAACUGGGCCUACGAUGCUUCAGAAGAUCCCGAGGCAGUCGACAAGACGGAGCCAUCAGUGAGCAUUUGGCCAUCUGACCUACCGGGCUUCCGUGAAGGUCUUUACGCAUAUCACACCAAGCUACUCGAGCUCUCGCGCCGCCUGACUAGAAUCUUCGCCCUUGCCCUUCACCUUCCAGAGGAGUACUUUGACGCAUAUGUCCGCCGUCCCGAAGCUGGGAUGAGAAUACUUCACUACCCAGAGCAGAAACACUCGGUCGAUGACCAGAACGGCAUCGGUGCCCACACAGAUGUUGAGUGCUUCACCAUUGUCACUCAAGACCUGUCUGGAGGUCUAGAGGUGCUGAGCAAAUCUGGUAACUGGAUCAAGGCGGAGCCGAUCGAGGGUUCCUUCGUGGUCAACAUCGCAGAUGCCUUCAUGAGACAGACCAACAACUUUUUCGUCUCUACCAUCCACCGGGUCAUUAAUAAGAGUGGAUAUGAAAGGUACUCGGCACCUUUCUUCUUUGGAUUCGACCGGAAGAAGCUGCUCGAGCCCGUUCCAACUUGUGUGAGUGAGGAGAACCCGAUGAAGUAUCCGAUCAUGACGGGAGGGGAGUACUAUGCUUGGCGGACAAAUAAGCAGAAGAACACGAAUACUUGUAACGAUAAAAUGGGAGUAAAGUCAUGA